AUGAUCUCUCUACAAGACACCCUGAAACUUAACAAUCACGCAGUGGCUCUGUACCACUCGGAUAAUCUCCCUCAAGCUGCCUCUGCCUACUACGAGUCGCUCUGCUUCUUCAAUAGACUCUUGCAGGAGUCGUAUCAUUGUCAGGAUAUUGUCGGGAUUACAGCUAACACUACUACUGUGCCACAACACGAGUGCUUGCACAAUAUAGUAGUUUCUGUAGCCUCCUCGAAAACCUGUUGCUAUGGUGACGAUGAUGAUGGUGAUACCAGGAUCAUCUCUGCUGGUAGUACACAAAGUCACGAGCCCUUUGUAUAUCAAAGUCCAUUGAUAUUGAAAGAGUUGCCACCAUUCAUGCCCUUGCAGAACAUGCAAGCCAUGACGAUCUAUUGCGCGAGCAUUCUCUUCAACACGGCCAUUCUACAUCAUCAAGACUCGUUCAAGACGGGUAACUCGGCGUCUUUAGACCGUGCCGCACAACUCUACGAAGCAAGUCUUCAUCUUGUGGGCAAGUUUCGAGCGACAGUUUUAGGUCCCAACAAGACCGUUUCGCUCAUCGCCAUGGCCGCUAGCAAUAACUUGGCGCAAAUCGAGUUCGAGAAAGGAAUGCUGGAUCAGGCAUGCAAACGGCUGCAAUUUCUAAAGCAUUUGAUUCAAUCCUUGCAACAAGUCGUCCCACAUAUUUUCACAAGAGAUGAGUUUGAAGGCAUGCUAUCCAAUAGUCUUUCCGCACAAGAUGUCAUUGCAUCACCGGCUGCCUAG